AUGAAUUAUGGUGUUUCUAAUCCAAUGGUACAACUAAAAUAAAAAAAAUGAAUCGAAAAGGAGGAAUAAAACUUUUUCAUUUCGAGAAAGUUUUGUUUUGAAGAAAAUUAAAUUAGAAAAUUUCUCAAUUAUAUCUAAAUUUAGCUAAUUUUGGACUGGGCAGAAAUGAACAAUCUAUCUGUAAGAACUGAAACACGUAAAAUACAAUUUUUUCAUAAGAAAAAUUAAAACUUGACUUUAAUUUAAACUGAAUUUUAAAUUUUUAAAUUUAAAAAUUUAUUUUUUCUUGGAAGUUUUUUAUUUUGUUGAAAAGUCUAUUGACAGUUUUACGAAAAAUUUUUAUUCUAUAUUUCUCACAGAAUAACCUCCUAUCCUCUCUUCAUCAUUGAAAUUUUCUAACAUUAUUAACUCCUAUUAGUCUAAAAUUAGCCAAAUUCAAGGUUACUUGGCAAAUUCAAUGUUCUCUAAAAUGAAGCCUUAAAUGAAAAAAUGUUAUUCUUUUUUUUUUUAUUUUUUUCAUGCAGAAUCACCCUCUUCCUUUUUAUUGAAUCGAAAAAACACUUUAUGUGUUUAGAAAUAUAUUUAUUAUCUUCUAGUAAGAGAAUAAAUUCACCAAAAAUAAAAUCAUUCUAAUUUUUAGGCUAACGGAAGUACAUCGAAACGCCAUUAGGGCGAUCAGGAAGAUCAAGUACUUCGUGGCUAGGAGAAAAUUCCAGCAAGCACGAAAACCGUACGACGUGCGCGAUGUAAUCGAACAGUAUAGUCAAGGACAUUUGAACAUGAUGGUUCGAAUUAAGGUAAGUUAUUAAAUUAUUGCAUAUAAAAUAUUGUUUUUCCACUUGAAAUUUUAAUAAUAUUUUGGCAAUCUCGCGCACGGAUGUCGACGGUGUAAGUCGGCUUCAGAAACAAAAGAGAAUUGUGAGACUUUGUAUGUCUAUUAGACCAUGUCGGUCUUAUAUAAGUCUGUUUUUGUGUCCUUCACGAUUGGAAAUGUAGAUCUAGGUGCAUUAUGGGCAAUUAUUUUAUGGACCUAAGCUCAGGGAUGCGUUCCUUACUUUACUUUUAUAUGUUUAUUGGCCCUGAUCGACCAAGGCCAACGGGACGCGUCCCCUACAAUAUAAUUACAUUUAUAGAAAGUAUAUCAAUUUAAAAAUUGGAAAACUUUGCAUUGAAAUUGUAAUUUUUUAAUAAUUAAUAAUUUAUAAAUAAAUUUUUAAUAAUUAAUUAAUAAUUAAUAAUUAAUAAUUAAUAAUUAAUAAUUUUUAAUAAUUUGUGUUAAAAACUAUUCACGACGGUCAAUAAUAAAAUUUUGGUAUCUUUCUUAAACGUAUUUUUAAAUGUAUGUCCAUAUCUUAAGUGAUGAAUCUAUACUUUAAAAUAUGUAAAAAAAUGUCUUGUGGACAUAUGUUUUACAAAUCUUAGUUGUCGACAUAUCUUCGUUUUCAUAGAUAAUUGAAGAAAAUGUUCAAUACAGUAGCCUUAUGUUUCAACAUAAUGUUAUUACAUUGAAUUUUGCAUUCACAUAUCGGAUUUGUUUUGAAUCCUUUCUUGUAGAUCACAUGCACAUUAUUCAUUUCAGUUGAAUUUUAAAUUGCAUCAGGAAUAAAAGUUUAAUGAAUGGAGUUUUGUUUUAUAUAUCAAUGGAUAUUUUUUGUAAACAUUAGAUAUGUAUUGAUACGUAUUGAUAUGCGGUAGCAUUGAUACUCUUGAAAUACAAGAUGGACAUUAAACAAUUCCUCAUCCACAUUUCAAUCUCAAUCAUAUAACUAAAAAACUUAAAGUACAUAGAAUAUAUUAUAGAUUCAUAUGAUACGUUUUAUUUAUUUUAUUAUGUAGAUUCAUUACUCAAAGAAUCAUUUAAGAAUUACCCUGUAUAUAUUUUAUUUAUUUUUUAUAUAAAUUUUCUUGUCAAAAAAUAAAAUAUAUAGUUAUAGUAAAUUUCCCAUUUUCUAAUUUGUUUGUUAAUUAACAAAAGGAAAAAAUUUAAUAGGUGAUAUUAAUUCGCCAAAUUCAAACUUAAAUUAAACGACACUUCAUAUGCACGAAUAUAUCAUGUUUUUACAUUGCCAGUUUUUUCAAAUAAUGGUAUAUGAAUUGAUAAUCAAGCCAGUUGUUUGUACUAAGGAAAACUUUGCAAGAAAUAAGUAUUUUUUUUCUAAAGAAAGACUUUGCAAAUAAGUAUUUCUUUCUUAAAAUUGCUAAUGUGAUUAUUUUUCAAUAAAUCAAUUAUUGAAUACAUUGUAGUGAGAAAUUAUAUUAUUAAAUAUAUUAUAUUAUACACAUGAUCAUCCACACAAUUGUUUUAGAGUAUAGAGUAAAGUUAGAGUCUAUUAAACAGUGCAGAAAAAUCUCAAAGAAAAGGAAGAUAAAUGUUUCAGAAACUAUUACAUUCAGAGGAACACGUUUUUUUUUUGUUUUUUUUUUUUGAAGUUUAAUUGUACUAUUGAAUGACGAGAGAAAUGUAUCUAUGUAUUAUUAUGUAUGUAAAUUUAUCUAUAUAAACUUAUGCAUUUUCAUUAAAAAGAUAACUAUUGAUUACAUAUACAUUAUUGUACAAUGAAAUCAUAACUUGAAACUUAAAAUUAUGUGAAGCCUGUAUAUUAUCAUAUAAAUUUAAUUGCAUCGGCAAUUUAUUUUGUAAUUAUCUAAAAUAAAGAAAAAUAUUGAUUUUAAUGACCUUGAAACAUAUUGCAACUUUUUUUUUAUAGGAACGUCACUCGAAAUUUGUAGAGAUUUAUAAAUAUGUGUUUCAUAUUUUUUAAAGGGCAAGCUUUACCAAUUUCAAUGAUUUUUGUAUUUUAUAAUGGAAUAUUUGAGAAUAUAUACUUCCGUAAUUAACCUGCUUUGUUAAUUAGAUUUCAUAGACAAUUUACACAUUGACAAUCAUUCAUUUUUGUAGAUUAUUUCCAAACGAUAGCGUUUUCGGUCAACUUUUACCAUUUACUUACGUAACCAAACCAAUACUGAUACUCUUUAAAAAAAACUGUCAAUCAUAACUUUUAGUCAUUAAUCUCUCUCUGUCGAUAUCAGUGUUCAGACCAUUUUCUGUAAUUUUAAUUAUUAAAAUUACCUACACUUACGAAGGAUGUUAAGCUUCUUAUCUACAUAAAAUAAUUUAUUGUUCUAUUUAGAUAUAUUUGAAUAAGGGCAAGUUCCAAAAAUAA